CCAACGUGGUGUGUUCCUCUGUUGAGCAAUGGCUCUCGGUAACAUUGAAGUCCCGGAUGACGGGUAUAGAGGAAUUCUGGGAUAACAUUGGUCGUUGGCGGCAAAAAUAAACAGAGCGAGGUCUGUUGAACAAUCUGCCACAAGUUUAGUGCCAUUUUUUGGCCAAAAAGAAACUAAAGAAUGGACGAUCCACCAUUUAAAUUGGAAACAGUGAACAAGCUAUUGCAGCAGUUUUUUCGCGACAAACAGAAGACAAAAUGUAAUGGAGAUGCCCUAAAGCUAAUGGCAGAAUUGUUAAGGAUCUUUGUUGCAGAGGGAGCAGCCAGGGCUGGAAAACAAGCAAAGGUUGAAUCCUCGCCAACAGUUGAAACAGAACAUUUGGAAAAGAUUCUGCCCCAGCUGCUUCUCGACUUCUAAUUUUCAACGACAGCUGCUUCCUCGAAGUGAAACAGAACAUGGCUGUUUGCACCAUAUUUAUAAUAUGUCUAUAUUUAAAAAGCCUAGGAAUGACUGAAUUAAUAAUGGUGACAUUUUCUUAAAGGACUCAAACACUAUAAUUUUCUCAGCAGAGAUUUAAUCAAGUAGGUAUACAGUAUAUGUAUAUUUAUAUAAUAAGCUCAGUUAUGCAUGCAUUCUGAUUGGUUCUCCCUUAUGAUCUAUUGAAGGACAUGUAUAGAUGACAUCAUUAAAACUUUUUUUCCAUAUAUUUUAAUUCUUUAUUAUAUAAAACAAAUAGAUUCCAAGUUGCUGUGCAUCUGUUCAG